AUGAUUUUACAUAAAAUUUAUUCAGAAAUUGAAAUAUUUUUUCGACGAAUUCAAAUGUCAAAAGAUCUUGCUGGUUUUAAUCCUGAAAUUUAUUUUUUAUUAAAUCGUUUAUGGAUAAUUCAAACAUUAAUUUGUAUGUUUUAUUGUAUAAAAAUAAAAAAAUAUUUACCAUCAAUAACAAUUACAAAUAAUUCCAAACAUAUUUUUAUUUCUCAAUUUAAUUAUGUUUUAUUAACAUAUACAAUUUUAUAUUUUACAGAAAUUCUUUAUACUCAUCUUAUUAUAUUUCGAUUUAAUUCAUUUAUUCAUCAUACAAUUGCAAUAAUUAUAUUUAUUUUUACAAUAUUUAAUCAAAAUAUAAUUUGUGUUAGUUAUUUAAUACCUUAUUUAAUUCAUUCACUUUAUUGGUGUUUUCAAGUUCAAUAUGAUUAUCUUUUAUAUAUUUAUAAUAUUUCUCUUAUUCUUGUUAUAUUUCUUAUAAUAUGUUUUAGUAAUUUAACAAAAAAGUUUAAGUUUCAAGUGACUAUUAUUGCUUUAGUUUUAUUUCAUUUUAAUGUUUUUACACAUUUUUAUGAUAAUGAUUUGAAUCGUUUUGAAAAAGAAAAAUUUUUUAAAUUAAUCAAAUCAUUGAUUUUAUCUUUUUUAGCAGCAACACCUUUUUAUGUCUAUUUAAUUUAUAAUAAUAAAAAUUAA